UGUGUAACUUUGAUACCGGCAGGUUUUUGUGAUAACAAGCUGGCUUUUUUCUUGGAUAGUUGUUUCUUGAAAGCAAUUGAUGAGGAGUUUGUUCAGCUCGUGACAGCAGAUGUCGAUUUUUGGUUGCGUAACGUUAAGAAUCGCCCUAGAGUGUUGGUGUUCCCACCGGUAUCCAGUUAUCAUAGACUACUGAUACACAACAUCGCACAGACGUUUACAGAACUCUGCACUUUCUCCAUCGGGCAGGGGCCUGAACGACGUACAGUCGUCUGCCUGCAGGAAUUGGCUCUAGCUUGGGCUACUUCGGAAGGGGCAACGGAAAUGAUGGACAAGAUCAAGGCUGGUACUAGCAGCAACCCCGCUUCGAGUAAGAAGCUUGGCAAGCUCGCGACAUCGGCCGACACGAUGACCGCAGCAAGGCGGAUGGAUUCUGCAGGUAGACCUCCACGUACUGCGUCGUCCUCGGUGAAACCUUCCACUCUGCCUUCCAGCCGAAAGCCGCCGAGAGAACUGAGCGACGUCUGCCGACGGAAUCCGCUCCCAACGUCCUCCAGCGGCAGUUCUCGCCGCAGCUCGGCUGAUUCCGCGUUGUCGGACGGAAACUCCCGGCCGGGAAAGAGUUUGCCGGAGAGGAAGCCGGCGUCGCGGGGCAAGCUUCCCGAUCGGGCGAGCGGGCACAUUUUGGAAGGAAAGCCGGCAUCCCGGAAGGAGCGGCCCGCGAGUAGUGACUCUACUUCCAGCCCCACCGAUGGAGAAGGAGGACGAAUAACUUCUGGGUCGGUGACGCCGGCGAGUAAGACGGUGGCCACGUCGCAGCAGGAGCAGAAGAGAAGGCGGAUGGAGGCGUCCAUCUUAGCAUCGGAGCGCCCUCUAUCGGCUCCGUCAAGCAGACGCAGGACGGUCGAGGGCGGCCAGCCAGCGUGUACACGGUUAGCCAGUGCAGCACUCGGCAGUAUUCGGCCGUUCUCAGCAGGUGGCAGCCGACUGGUGGGAAAGAACCAACCAGUAGCAGGGACCACAACUUCUCAGUCUUCCAGAAAAGCCACAGGGGAAACACGUGAAGGUGAAGCAGCAAGAGGAAAGAUGAAGAAGCCUUCGCAGCAAAUCUACGUUCCGCGAGCGCAGCGGGUCAUCGAGCAGCAGCAAUCUGAUUCCCACAAGGAGGUGGCAAAGGGUUCGAUAACAGAGAAACCAGCGUCUUCAUCGUCGUCGACGUCAUCAACCGGCGAUAAGGACAGGUCUGACAAAAUCAUCACCAAGGUUGCACCAUCUUCUAGGAAGUCUCUGACAAACAGGUCUUCUGGCUCUACAUCAACAUCUGUGGAUGCAAGGUCAAUACGAGACAAGCCAGCGGGACACGCGAGCUCCAGUCGAAUGACGGGUACCGUGAGGAAAGUUCCCUUAUCACCGAAUUUGAAGCAAGUAAAGCCAGAGACAGCAAUCAGUUCAAGACAGGCGAGCAUACUGCCGUCGGCAAAAGGAGUAGCAAGUACAAGAAGCAAGGCUAGAACAGGCAACACUGAGAAAGCUCAGCUCAGACGACCGCCGAAACCAGCCCCUCAGUCGGUAGCAAUGUUCAGCGAGGAUUCAGAUGCUGAUCUCGACUCGGAAUCCUGUGAUGAGGACUUCAUGUUUGUACCUGGAAACAGGUUCAUAGAUCAGAGCGAGGUUGAGAUGGAGGUAUCUAGCAAUAACCAGCAAUGUGACCUCAUGUCUGGUGGUGACGGCUUGAGCUGUAACGUUGCUAAUACACCAGAAAUUGCUCAUGGGUCUUCACAGGCCAUAGACACACAAGAGCAAGUGCUUGAGGUCACUACAAGGUGCAGAAGCCAGGAAGAUUUGGUGUAUGAGGCACAGACCUGCCCUGAACUGAGCAUGGCAUUGGAUUGUGAACCAGAUACGUGGAGUCGUACUGUUCAUUCUCAACCGCUCGAGACAUUGUUGUCCUCUAGCGGUGCAGACAGAGACAUUGGGCAACCUAACAGUGCGAGUGAGUCUUCACUCGAUAACAAAUCUAGUCCAGUCGCAGAAGUGGUUGCAGCUGAAUCGAGCAAUGAGGUUGUGGACGAAAAACAGUCGGACCUAUCACAGGUUGAUUCUGUUGCUGUGGCAACUGAUGAGCCGGCUGCAUCUGUCAUCGAUAGCCACGCAGGUUGCCAUGUGAACGAGACAGGUGUAAGUAAUCUCAUCACUGUCGAAGAUGUAAUAAAUCCGCCAGCUUCAUUGAAAUGUCUUCCACAGCCAGAGAGAGAUCAAAUGCCUGAGGAGUGUUCCUUAUUGCCGUUGGAAACAACCUUGCAGCAAGAUGCAGUUAGUGACUCAGUAGAAAGUGCUACUACUAAAGUGACUGCUGCAGAAGAGUUAAUUACACCAGAACAAUUAGAGCCUGAUGAACAGCUCAUCACUACCACUGAAGUCUGUGAACAACCUGAAGUUUCAGACCCGGUCGUGAAUCUUUCUCCGGAUUCGCCUGUUGUGAGAUCGCCUCUUGGCUCUGAAGGCUUAACUUUCACUCAACAGAGAGAGCGAGAAACACCUGGAAGUACGUUCGGUGAUGCCGACGAUGCGAUGGAUAUUGCUUCAGAUGCGAAUUCUCAGGGUGCCAGUGAACUAUUAACUGAGUAUACGCAGAAUGUCACAGCCAGAUUGGAACAAUCAUCACCGAAUACGAUCGUGUCAGUAAACGUGCUGCAUACCACAGUAAUGUCCACCGAUGAAGUGUGCGAAAGCAGUGACAGUAUUUCUCAUACCACCUCUGGUGAAUGCUUGCUCCAACCAGCAUCAACCCCAGAUUCUGCUGUGCUACUUGACCACGCAUCAUGUGGAGAAGACAAUAAAGAGAAACAACAUUCACCGGAACCAGAGAAUAUGAGUGAGAUUUUAGGGAAUUGCCAACCCGACACUGUAGAGGCUGAAGACAAUGCACCUCCAUCGGUCCAACAGGUCGAUACGCAAGAUGCGGGCGAGUUUGAGGAGGAUUCCUGGGAAGCACAUUUCGAUGAAAAUGGAGAAUGCCUAAACCCCGAACUCAUGAAUGAGUUAACCAUUGCUGUGGGUACGGUUGCCAUCGAUUCACCCCAGUUUGACUACUAUAACUGGAAGCCCAGAGAACCGGUGUUUGAUGAGGGAGAAUAUGGCCACAUUGUCGAAAUAUCUGGCUUUCCCAGCGAGUUUCGCGCAGAGGACCUCAUCUCGGUUUUCUCUGCAUUUCGAAACAAAGGUUUUGAUAUUAAGUGGGUUGAUGACACUCAUGCCUUGGGGGUUUUCUCUAGUCCUAUUGCAGCUGCAGAAGCACUUCAAAUGCAGCAUCCCCUGGUGCAGACAAAACCACUUUCUGAAGCCAGUAAAGAAGCUAGAGCCAAAGCCAAAAGGAGCCAGGAAUUCAUACAACCAUACAAAGCCCGACCUGAGACAUCUGCAUCGGUGGCACGGCGUAUGGUAACUGGUGCCCUUGGUCUGCGUCCUAAUAUCAGCAGAGAGCAGCGUGAACAUGAGAGACAAAAACUUCGAGAAGCUAAAGAUAAAAAGAAGCUAGAUGAUAAGCAAAGGAAAGAUGCAUGGGAAGGUUUGUGAUAUACAAGUGUCAGUGGUAGAAAUAUCUUAUUUUUAAACCCAAUCCGUAUUGUGAAUAUUUGUAUCACAUCGGGAAAGUGUGUGAAGAUGCUUAUCAACCUCCAAAGCAAUUCAGGUGUCGCAUUACAUCAGGAAAUUUUUCAUGUUAAUAAUGUAGAUACUAUAGAUGUAAACACGCGAGUGGUAGUUGUACAUUUGGUGAGAGCUAGAGCACCACACUCUGCAGCUUAUCCAUUGAUACGUCUCGUAGCUACCCCCUCAACAAUAUUAAUCAAGUUUAAUAAUUGUCAUUUUAAUUGCAAACAAAAUCUAUGUACUUGAUACAACCUAAAACUUGCUCCUAUACUUUCGUAGUUAAAAUUUUACAAGCUCGUGAGAGAAUCACUGUAUGGGACAAAGUAUUUUAAAAGCGUCUGUGCAAUAAAUUGUGUUAUGGUGUAUCGUAUGAUGCGUAUUAUAAUACUUUCGACCUAAAAAUGUUAUUUUUAUAGAACAGUUAUGUGGAAAGAAAUGUGAAAAUAUUCUACCAACAAGCUGUUGUUGUUUUUUCACAGAGAAAUAACAACCAGUUAAUACAGUUAAAUUCAGUACCAUACUACAUGUGUUUUGCAUGAGUUUAUGGUCGCAAAUUAAAUUCUCAUCAUGUAUGAAGAUUAUAUAUUCUACAUGUUUCUACCUGUGAAUGAAAUCGGUAUCUGAAAUUGCUCUAAUGAAUAUAUCAAGAGCUAAUAAUGCAUAUUAUAAGUAAAUGAACCUGCAUGAGUCUCCAUUUUAAGCCAAGUUUUUUUGUUUUUGUAAGCUCUUCAUUCUGUGUGAGUGACCUAUUGCGUAUUGCGUGUAUAUAUAUAUAUACAUGUACAUCAGGAGUCUGUCAAUACUGAUCGACUAUUGAUAGACUCUUGAUGUACAUACAUAGGGUUUUUCCCAGGUUUUUGACGAAUGUAAGCCACAUGCCUUCGAAGCUGAAGCUAAUUUGCAACGUCGCAUAAAUCCCGGACAUGCCACAAUUUCUAGUUGUUUACUUUUGACAAUCCCGACAUGUUUUUCCCGCUGUUUCCACAACUUGACGUAGAUGUCUACAGACCGAUUAAUUUUACCUGUAUAUUGGGGCUGCUUAUGAAACGUGUAAUACCCGUUGUACUACCCGUUUCUGCACCCUCACCAUCCGUCCAUAAACGACAUGCCUUCUGACAUUCCUGGGGAGAACUCUGAUAUAUAUAUAUGUAUAAUGCAUGCAUAUACGUGUAUGUGCAAAGGUUUCUACGUAUUCUCAUUCUUGUUGUCCUGCUGCUUUUUUUAGGUUUUUGAAGUUUUUAAUGGUACCCAGUAUAAAAGUGGCAUUACACUGUUUUUAGGACAGUCAUGAAAUAUAUAAAUAUAGUUUCAGAAUAUACAGAAACCAGCAACGUUUUGUCCUAUAACCCACCUGUAUUUUUGUUGCAACCAGUCUACAUUGGAAUUUGUAAAAUUUUAGUGAAUAAAGCAUUUUUCAUAAGCAAUGAA